CCCGGGACUGGCAGGGCAGAGCUUACCCGCUGUGUGUAGUACCACCACCCACUCGUGACGGGGCGGUCUGGGGACAGGAUGCGGCCGGGGUACAUAAGUUCCCUGCAUCAUGUCGCUGUGGUACAUAUGUAUACUAUUACCACCGGUGGAGACGAGUGUGCACUCCCGUAGCUGUGAUAGGCAGGCAGCGUUAAUCUACACACAGCGAGGAAAGGAGUGGACAAAAUGUACUUAGUCUUACUAUGGGCGACAGACCGACGUCAAUGUUGCUCUUCGUAGUGCUGGUGUUUGUCGCUAUCGUGCAGUCCUUGCCCCUGUCCGACAAACUGUAUGGGACCCACAAUGACCACGGCAAUCCGACAAACGCGGGGUCAACGAGCAAGGAUACCCCCGAUAAAUACCCACCAUCACCACCACCAUCACAUACACAUCAGGAAUUUGAUGACAAAGACACAAAACGGUACCCAAGUACUGGAGACCAAACCGUGGUAGAAGAGGUCCAGCAACAAGCAAAAGUCAAUAUUUCUCUGGACGGAAGUUUACGUAGUGAUUAUGAAAAGUCUAACGAUACAACUUUGGGCGAUAUUUCGGAUAUGUCGGAACACUCUCGUCACAGACGCUCUGGAAAUCCGUUUCAAAACAGUCACGUGAUUCCGUGUAGUUAUUCUGACAGACAUUACUGUCUCAACGCUGGCACGUGCGUUCUGGUGGCCGCGCUGGACAUCAAAACAUGCAGGUAA